CCUUCUUUCUCCCCCUCCCGCAUCUGGGGGUCCUCGGCCUGGCAACCCCUCCCCCCCCUCCUGCCCCACAUCUGGGCCUGUGGCUUUUUAAUGAAGUUCUUGGCUUCCUGGUGUAUCUUUUCCAUGCAUUUUCCUCUUCUUCCAGAGCUUUGAUGCACACAGUGGGUUUGUGUGUGUGUGAGAGAGAAAAACAAUGACAACUCAGUAUAGCAUUCUCUUCAAGCAAGAACAAGCACACGACGAUGCAAUUUGGUCGGUUGCUUGGGGCAAAAACAGAAACGAUGGCUCGGAGACCGUAAUCUCAGGUUCUCUGGAUGAUCUGGUGAAAGUCUGGAAAUGGAAUGAGGAGAAGCUGGAUCUCAAGUGGACUUUAGAAGGCCAUCAGCUGGGUGUCGUUUCUGUGGACAUUAGUCAUACAGGCACCGUUGCUGCGUCCAGCUCCUUAGAUGCUCACAUCCGCAUUUGGGACUUGGACACUGGCAAACAGAUCAGGUCAAUAGAUGCUGGGCCAGUGGACGCUUGGUCGCUGGCUUUUUCUCCCGAUUCCCAGUACGUGGCAACCGGAAGCCACAUCGGAAAAGUCAACAUAUUUGGCGUUGAGACCGGAAAAAAGGAAUAUUCCUUGGACACUCGAGGGAAAUUCAUCCUAAGUAUCGCUUACAGUCCAGAUGGAAAAUAUCUAGCCAGCGGAGCGAUCGACGGGAUUAUCAAUAUUUUUGAUAUUGCAACUGGGAAACUUGUCCACACGCUGGAAGGUCAUGCCAUGCCUAUCCGUUCCUUGACGUUUUCUCCAGAUUCUCAGCUGCUUGUUACAGCAUCGGAUGAUGGCUACAUCAAGAUAUAUGACGUACAGCAUGCCAACUUGGCAGGCACUCUGAGUGGUCAUGGAUCUUGGGUAUUAAACGUAGCCUUUUGCCCCGAUGAUACCCAUUUUGUUUCCAGCUCAUCAGACAAAACGGUCAAAGUCUGGGACGUGCCAUCCAGGACCUGCGCCCACACCUUCUUUGACCAUCAAGACCAGGUCUGGGGCGUGCAGUACAACGGAAACGGCUCAAAAAUCGUCUCCGUUGGGGACGAUCAAGAAAUACACGUUUACGAUUGUCCCGUCUAAGAUUUCUCCUUGCGACAGCUACGGUGUCGGUUGUCUGAAAGUGUUUUGAUACUUCUUUUUUUUUUCCCCCGGUCAAGAAAAAUCUAAUAGAUGGAAAUCUGAAAAUUAUUUAGGUAGGCACUUUGCUAUUUUGUGUUUUUUUAAAAAAUUAUUUUAAAGCUAAAUAAACCCUGGCUGUGGAAUCUGG